AUGAAAACAGAACACGUCAUUUUGGAGCGAAAGUUUUGGAACGGGACUGGAUGUGAUGGGUGUCGCGUAUUGCUUGUAUUUUAACUUUUCUUAACGCGUGGGGCACCCAUAAAAGUGGGCGCUAAGGACGUCAGAAAUGGACGGACUUGAGAUGUCCGCGAUGAUACCGGCUCUUCAGGAGCUAGCAAGUGCUGGCGCUGCUGAGUACGACCAGACGGUGCAGAAACCUCGACGCAUCCUGUGUCAGUUCAUAGACAGGAUCCUGACCGAUGUGGAUGUCGUUGCUUUAGGUCUAAGUAAGAAGUCCAGCUCGGAGCCGGCGUGCGUCAUGCUGCUGGACUUUGUGCAGCAUUUAGUCAAAUCCUCUUCUUUGAUGUUUGCAAACCCUGCUUGCCACCCUGCUGAAUACCCAGACGCCACGCAAAGCUCUGUGGACUUUAGUCGGUGGGUCGCUGCUCGCUUCCUUCGGGUGGCGGCAGCUCCGAGCUGUGAUGUGAUCCACGGACGCGUCUCUGCGGUGUUGUGCUCUUUACUUCACACUCUGAGGGUCAGGGUGCCUUUCAUUUUCAGCCGCCUCACUCAGGAGCUCCUUUUUUUGGCCCGGGACCUCAGCGGCGUCCUGUAUUCUCACAUCAGUUUCCUGGCUGAGCGAGGACCCGGUCAGGGGAUCCAGAUGCAGAGCCGAUGGCCCGUACUGCUGGAGCCCUUCCGCUUCCCGCCCACGUGCUCCUCCUCCUAUCUCAGCUGUUCCUCCCUCGUACUCUCCUCGCCUGCUGCCUUAGAGUCCCUGACUGCUGCAACCCUCCACAUCAUAACUGACGUUCUGAGGGGGGUCAUGUCUCGGCAGGACCUCGCGUUGGCCUGGGAGACGGCCUGUUUCAUUUUGGCCAAUGGCAACAUCAGGCUAAAGAGGCUCUCCAUGGUGAUGUUGAGGGAACUGGUUGAGUGGAAGGGGUUUCCCGAAAUGAUGAGCCACGAAUUCUUUAUUGCCUUUUUCCAUUUGCUGGAAACGCACUCCUACACGGAGAAGGAGGAACGGCCGUAUGAAGGAGAACUCCUGAAGCUGAUCAGCUGCGUGUUCCAGCCUCCUCAAGCUCCUCCCUCCCACUUUGAGCCCAUGCAUCUCACGCAGCUGUUUGAGUGCGUCUGUGCUCUUGGAGGAGGUCAUGUCAGGUUAGGAGCAGAGGUUGCUGAAUCUCUCUGCCUGCUCUUCAGCUUCUCUCUGUCUUCUGCUCCUGUUUGCGAGAGCACGGCACUGCUGAGGAAGCAGCGGGUCGCGGAGGUCUGCCGCACGCUGGCGCUGACCGUCGGGACCAACAAUCAGGCGGAGUGUGCUCAGGGCUUUCUCCAAGCUGCCCUCAAAGCUGAGACUGCUAAUGUGAUCCGGGAAGAAGAAGACGGAGAAGUUGCUGCGAAAAGAUCCUGCAAGUCAUCAACCAACAACACAUCUUUGAAUGACGUGGACAUGAGCGCCCGCAGCGAGGUUUGGGCCGUGCUGAAAAUUCGGCUGGAGGAGCUGCUGGACCCUCUGAGCUCUGCAGAACCGGGGAGUCCCCAGACUCUGUUCGCUCUGCAGGGUCUGGCCCUCAUCCUCCAUGUGGCGGGUUGCUGCUUCUCCCCCAUCAGUCCGUGUCCUCUCCUGUGGGUGUCCGCCGAAACCCUCAGCAGAGUCCUGAAAAGCUGCCGUGUGGUGUUGGAAGGAGCCGUUGGAGAGCAGGAUCGUUUCCAGGCUGCCGUUCGUGCCACUGUUGGGAUUCUUGACUUCGUGUUGUACCUGACGUUGGGUAGAAAAGGGGAGGAUGAGCUGCAGCGGGAUGUGUGUGCUCUGCUGUCUCUGCCCUGGGUGUGCGAGAACAAGUCUGCCUUCGCCUUUAAGAGUUCGAGAUUCCCUUCCUGGCUGCCUGCUUUGGCCCAGAAGCUCAACAGCUCUCUUUCACCUGAAAUCGAGGCAGACUGUGUGUCGCUGCUCGCCUUCCUGCAUGGCGGCGUGUGUGAGACGUGGCGCCUGUGCGUCUUUACAAAAGCGCUGCAGAAUCGGGAUGAAUCCGUCAGAGCUGCAGCCGUCCGGGUUUUCCCGGUCCUUCUUCAUCACCUGGGAAAUGGGUUCCACAGCCUCAUCGGGACAACUCUCCUGUCUGUGCAGGAAGAUGAAUCGGAGCAGGUGAAGGUGGAGCUCGCCCGGAUCGUUGGAGACUUGAGCUGCGUUCAGUCUGGACUUUCUACCCUCAUACACAAAGAACACAGCAGCCCUCCCAAAUUCCUCUGCUUCCACUGCAGGCUGAAAACAGAGCAUGAUGGGAAAGUAGAGCCAUCCCUCAGCGUUUCUGUUAUCAAACAGUUUCUGUCUUUACUUGGAUCACAAGCUACAAGUGGCGUCAAGCAAGCCUUCUUGGAAGCUCUGCCUCACCUUUGCCAGCAUGUGAACCUGACCAGGGAAAGCAGCGACUCCCAGGCGGUUCUCCGUUCUCUGACCGACCUCAUGGAGGAUCCAGAACCUUCCGUCAGAGAGCGCUUCAGCCACGUGGUGCAAUUCCUGAUCCAAUACUCUGCAAGCGACUCAGAAGGAAGCACUCUGAAUGAGCUCCUGGUCGCGCGUCUGAAGGAGUCCUUCAGCAACGCCAAAAAGAACCGAGACGACGGUCUGCGUAGCACUCUCAUCCUCACUCUUGGAGAAAUUGGCAGAGCUUCUCGGGGUAGUUUGGUGUCUUUUUCCCUGCUGCGGCUCCUCCACUGUCUCCUGUCCAAGUCGUCGUCCGUGACGGUGGAUGCCUACACUCAGAUAAGAGCGCUGGCUGCUGCUAAAGGCUUGAAGCUGCAGACCCUCUUCAGUCAGUACAAGAACCCUAUAUGUCAGUUUCUUGUGGAGUCGCUGCAUUCACGGCACGCAUCGGCGCUGAGGAGCACCCCAGACCAGGGCAGCGAAUCGGCCAAUCAAAGAGAGCUGGCUCUUGACAUCCUGGCUCAGACCGCGCACGCGUUCGACUUCCCGGACCUUCACCGCUUCCUCACACGGACGCUCCAGGUGCUUCUGCCGUACCUGGCAGCUAAGGCCAGCCCCACAGGCUCCGCCCUCAUUCGUACUCUCGCAAUCGAGCUGAAGGCGAACAGGAGGGAGAUUCUCAUCAACAACUUUAAAUACAUCUUUAGCCACCUGGUCUGCUCCUGCACCAAGGAAGAGUUGGAGAGGGCCUUCCACUACCUGCAGAGUGAAACAGAGAUCGAACUGGGCUCUCUGUUACGCCAAGACUACCAGGGUCUUCACAACGAGCUGCUGCUGCGUCUGGGAGAACAUUACCAGCAGGUUUUUAAUGGAUUGGCAAUCCUGGCCUCCUUUGCAUCCAAUGACGAUCCGUAUCAGGGGCCACGAGACAUUACCACCCCAGAACACAUGGCAGACUACCUGCAGCCGAAGCUUCUGGGAAUUCUGGCCUUCUUUAACAUGCAGCUGCUGAGCUCCAGUGCAGGAGAGAAAGACCGCAAAAAGUUGGCUUUGACGAGUGUGAUGGCUCUGAUGCGCCUGAUGGGCUCCAAGCACAUCAGCUCCGUCAGGGUGAAGAUGAUGACCACGCUGCGCACCGGCCUCCGAUACAAAGAAGACUUCCCUCUGCUGUGCUGCCAAACAUGGGAUUGUUUUGUGAGGAGCGUGGAACCAUCACACCUCGGGCCUCUUCUCAGUCACGUGAUCGUUGCAUUGCUCCCCUUGAUCCCCCCACAGCCUAAAGAAACUGGAGCCAUCAUCCGUUUCCUUAUCUUGGACAACAGGGAGGAAGUUCAAGACUACCUUCACGAGAUCUACUUUCUGCCAGAUCACCCGGAGCUCAAAGACAUCCACACAGCUCUGCAGGAUUACAAAAAGCUGACGGCCAGCAGCAGCGAUCUGGCGGCGGCGCUGCAGCUCUCCAUGAGAGCCGUCCAGCACGAGAACGUGGAUGUGAGGGUCCAUGCUCUGACCAGCCUGCGGGACAUGAUGCACAGCAACCAGGAGUGGCUGCUGCGGCAGGUGUGUGCCAGUGAGGCGGUGGAGCCGGUCAUCUCCAGCCUGGUGUCGGUGCUGCUGAAGGGCUGCCAGGACGCGUCUCAGGAAGCCAGGCUUCUCUGCGGGGAGUGUCUCGGGGAGCUGGGGGCCGUGGAUCCAGGACGUCUGGACCUGUCGCACACACACACCCACGGAGACCGCAACACCUUUGUGACUGGCGUUGAUGAUCCCAAUUUUGCCUACGAUUUGCUGAUAGAACUGACCAGGACAUUUCUGGCUUACGCUGACGACGUGCGCGCCCAGGACUCAGCCGCUUACGCCAUCCAGGAACUCCUGUCUAUAUUCGAGUGUCGUGAGGGGAGGAGUGACACCCCAGGACGCCGGCUGUGGAGGAGAUUUCCAGAACAAAUUCAAGAGAUUCUGGAGCCUCAUCUCAACAGCAGAUAUAAGAGCAGCCAGAAAGAGGUGAACUGGUCUAAACUGAAGAAGCCCAUUUAUCUUAGCAACAAAGGGAGCAAGUUUUCUGAUUGGUCGGCUACCUGGGCCGGUUACCUCAUAAGCAAGGUGAGACACGAGCUGGCUAGCAGAGUGUUCAAAUGCUGCAGCUUCAUCAUCAAGCACGACUUCAAGGUCACCAUCUACCUGCUGCCUCACAUCCUGCGCUACAUGCUGCUGGGCUGCACACCUGCAGAGCAGCAGGAGGUAACGGAGGAGAUGCUCGCUGUGCUGACAGAAGGUGAUGCACAGGAAGGAGGCGGAGCCCAGGAGACGGCCUCCAGCACUCAGACUGUGUUCAGUAUGGUAUCACACCUGACGCAGUGGAGCCGGCACAUCCUGUACUCCAAACCCAAAGAAAGUGGGGAUUUCCAGAGCGUGGUGGCAUUCCUGAAGGGAAUUCCACAGGACAUUCUGGCCAAGGCCUCCCUGCGAUCCAAAGCGUACACCCGGGCUCUCAUGCACUUUGAAACUUACAUCCUAGAAAACAAGCUAAACAUCCAGGACCACCUAAGCUUCCUGCAGACGUUGUACGCUGCCAUGCACGAGCCCGAUGGAGUGCGGGGCGUCAACGCGUUGAGGAGAGAGGAGCCGUCGCUACGGGAACAGAUACUGGAGCACGAGAGCAUCGGCCUGCUCCGAGACGCGACCGCCUGCUACGACCGAGCCAUACAGCUGGAGUCUGACCAGAUUGACCAUUAUCAUGGCGUGAUGACGUCUAUGCUCGGUCUGGGACAACUCUCCACAGUCAUCACACAAGUCAACGGAGUUCUAGCCAACAAGAAGCAUUGGAAAUCGGACUUGAACUCCUACAGAGUGGAGGCAGCCUGGAAGCUCGGAAAGUGGGACCUGCUGGAAGAUUAUUUAAGUUCAGACCAGCAGUCGAGCACUUGGGGAGUGGGGCUUGGCCAGCUGCUGCUCUCCAUGCAAAAGCAGGACGCUGAGACUUUCUGUGAGAAGCUGAAGCUGGUGAGGACCAAACAAGUGGUCCCCCUGUCUGCUGCUAGCUAUGAGUGUGGGACCUACCAGAGAGGAUACGAAUACAUCGUCCGGCUGCACAUGCUGAGUGAGCUGGAGCACGCCUUCACUGAGCUGCAGACUGGGGGCUCCACUCCGAGUCUCAGCCAGCUGCCCCCCCACUGGUCAGACCGAUUGGAGAUGACUCAGAAGUCCUUCAGGGCCAAAGAACCUAUCCUGGCUCUCCGUCGCGCCCUGCUCAGCCUGGGACCACAGCCUGUGCGUCAGGAGCUGGUCGGGGAGUGCUGGCUCCAAAGUGCUCGGGUGGCCAGGAAGGCCGGACACCACCAGACGGCUUUCAACGCCCUCCUCAACGCCAACAACACUCACCUGGCUGAGCUGGUCACAGAGAAGGCCAAGUGGCUCUGGUCCAAGGGUGAUGUCCACCAGGCCUUGAUUGUACUGCAGAAGGGCGUGGCACAGUGUUUCCCCGAUAAUCAGCCCCUGAUGGACCCACGCAGCCUUCAAACCAAAGGCAAGGCCAUGCUGCUGGUGGGACGCUUCAUGGAGGAGACGGCAAACUUCGAGUCUAAUGCCAUCAUGAAGGCCUAUAAGGAUGUGACAAACCUUCUACCAGAGUGGGAGGAUGGGAACUUCUAUCUGGCUAAGUACUAUGACAAAGUGAUGCCAAUGGUGACCGAUAACAAGCUGGAGAAGCAAGGAAACCUCAUCCGAUACAUCGUUACGUUCUUCGGAAAGGCACUUCAGUUUGGAAACCAGUACAUCUACCAGGCCAUGCCUCGCAUGCUGUCGCUCUGGUUGGAUUUUGGAGCCAAAGUGUGUGAAUGUGAGAAAACUGGACGCGCAGACAGACAGAUGCGACAGGAGCUCAGUAAAAUCAACUCCAUCGUGUCUGAGCACUGCGCCAACCUGGCUCCAUACCAGUUCCUCACCGCCUUCUCCCAGCUCAUCUCUAGAGUGUGUCAUUCCAGUGAUGAGGUCUUUGCUGCUUUAAUGAAUAUCGUAGCCAAAGUCUUCCUGGCAUACCCGCAGCAGGCCAUGUGGCUGAUGGCUGCUGUUUCCAAGUCUUCGUACCACAUGCGUAUGAACCGCUGUAAUCAGAUCCUUAAAAAAGCCAUCAGUCUAAAACCGUCUCUGGACAAGUUUAUUGGAGAUGCCAACAGACUGACGGACAAGCUGCUGGAGCUCUGCAACAAACCGGUGGACGGAAACAGCACCACCCUCAGCAUCAGCGUUCACUUCAAGCAGCUGAAACGUCUGGUGGAGGAGCCGACCUUCAGCCAAAUCCUGAUCCCACUGCAGUCCGUUCUCAUCCCGACGCUGCCUUCAACCGGCGGGACAAACGCAAAGCACGACGCUUUCCCAGGCCACUGGGCGUACCUGGAUGGCUUUGAAGAUGUUGUGGAGAUUUUAGCUUCUUUACAGAAGCCUAAGAAGAUAAGUCUGAGGGGCUCCGAUGGCCGAAGUUACACCAUGAUGUGUAAACCGAAAGAUGAUCUGAGGAAGGACUGCAGGCUCAUGGAGUUCAACUGCCUCAUCAACAAGUGUCUGCGCAAACACGCAGAGUCGAGGCGGAGGGAACUUCACAUCCGCACCUACGCUGUGAUUCCCCUCAAUGAGGAGUGCGGCAUCAUCGAGUGGGUCAACAACACCGCUGGACUGCGACACAUCCUCACCAAGCUGUACAAGGAGAGGGGUGUCUAUUUAUCGGGCAAAGAGCUGAGGAAGCUUAUUCUACCAAAGACGGCUCCCUUUGAGGAGAAACUGAGGAUCCACAAGGAGGUGCUGUGCGCCCGCCAUCCGCCGGUCUUCCAUGAGUGGUUCCUGCGGACCUUCCCGGACCCAACCUCGUGGUACAGCAGUCGCUCUGCGUACUGCCGCUCCACUGCUGUGAUGUCAAUGGUCGGCUACGUCCUGGGCCUCGGUGAUCGCCACGGAGAAAACAUUCUUUUUGACUCAUUUACUGGAGAGUGUGUUCAUGUUGACUUCAACUGCCUCUUCAAUAAGGGGGAGACCUUUGAUGUGCCUGAGGUGGUUCCAUUCCGGCUGACCCAAAACAUGGUCCACGCUAUGGGGCCCAUGGGUACCGAGGGCCUCUUUCGACAAGCCUGUGAGGUCACAUUAAGAUUAAUGAGAGACCAGCGAGAGCCGCUGAUGAGUGUGCUGAAGACCUUCCUUCAUGACCCCUUGGUGGAGUGGAGCAAACAAACCAAAGGACUGUCAAAGACCCAAGUCCACGAGACUGGCGAGAUAGUAAAUGAAAAGGCGAAAACACAUGUGUGUGACAUCGAGCAGCGCCUGCUGGGGGUGAUAAAGAGCAGGAACAAAGUGCUGGGACUACCUCUGUCCAUAGAAGGACACGUGCAUUACCUCAUCCAAGAGGCCACGGAUGAAAAACUUCUCUGCCAGAUGUAUUUGGGUUGGGGUCCAUACCUGUAAAAGCACACAUUCCAACCCGCCAUCCAAGCACUUUUUGAAGAUUUGAUAAAAAUGUUCUGAAGAAUUCACGUUUGUAGUUGCAAGUUUUCUAAUAAGUGUUUAUAAUUCUGUUUUUGUUUUUCUGUAAAUUUGUUGUAAUAAAACAUGUUUUGUUGGUUUAGUUUU